AAAAAGUUAAAAUAUAUUAAAAUUUUCACGUUUCAGAUACUAAAUUAAUUAGUCUAUGAGCUCAAAUGUAACAUCAUAAUGCAUGUUUUGGAGGAGGGGAGAGGCAUGACGACGUCGUCCAGUUCGCUGAUUCGCCGGCUCGCUCCAUACUUUUCAGCUCGGCUUCGCCAGAAUUCUAGGCUUCUUAGCUCGUCCUCCGCUCUCCCUGUGUCUCAGCUGUCUUCACUGGAAUCUCCGUCUUCGCGGACCGACGCCGUGCAUCUGACUGAAAACUGCGUUAGAAGAAUGAAAGAGUUGCAAGCUGACGAGGGUACUGAGAAAUUGCUGCGCUUGAGCAUAGAAGCUGGUGGUUGCUCUGGAUUCCAAUAUAACUUUUUACUUGACGAUAAAACCAAUGAUGAUGACAGGAUUUUUGAGCAAGAUGGAGUUAGACUGGUGGUUGAUAAUAUUUCCUUUGACUUCGUGAAAGGUGCAACUGUUGAUUAUGUAGAGGAGCUGAUUCGUUCUGCCUUUCAGCCGCGAUUUUCUAAUUUUGCCGGGGAAGAAGUUGAAUUUCAUGAAAUAUUUAUUUUGCUGCUUGCACUGGUCAAUUUUGCAUCGAGGACCUCGCAUACUGUGUACCCUCAAGGAAGUUUUCUCCAUGAAGGUCUCCACAAAUCCAAGUGCAGUGGGCGGCUGCAGCUGUAAAAGUUCCUUCAUGGUGAAAUAGUAAUGAGCCCGUUUUGACACAAAUUGGCAGAAGCAAGAUGCAGCACUAACACAGUGGAACUGAUAAAACUCCCAUCAACCUUAAAGAGUGGUGGAGCUGAUGCCUUGCUGGUACUCAUAAUACAAGAAUAUGAGCAAUGUCAAAUAUCAGACAACCAUUUUGUAUUGAAUCAAUUGGUCCUGUAUUGAACACUGUACUUUUCAUGUAUAAACACUGUGCGCACCCGCCUUCCCAUAUUUACUCAUGUAUAAAUACCGUACAUCUACUAAGGAAGGUGAUUUUUUCUAUUAAGUGCAAAACUUGAAUGUAGUACUUCUUAAGGGAUCAAAAGAUCAAGUUA